UUCACUACACUCAAAAUGGGCAGCACCAAACUUGUAGGACUUGGUUUUGCUGUCCUCCUAAGCAUUGGACUGUCCGAUGCUGCACGGGUAGCAAGAUACUCUACUGCUGAAGGGAAAGGUGAGGGACGGGGAGAGGGAGUUGGAUAUGGAAAUGGUACCGGUUCAGGGUCUGGGGGUGGCUUUGGGUCUAGUGACACUAGUGACACAGGGGGCAGGGAUGGGAUAAGUAAGGCCCAUGCUACAGCUGGAGGUGGAGGAGGCGGCAGUGGCAGUAGUGGACAAUACGACGGAGCUGGAUAUGGUUCUGGCUUAGGAUCCGGCUCUAGCUCAAGUGCUAGUGAAGGUAACGGAAGAGAGUGGCUUGCUGGUGGAUAUGCUAAUGCUGGAGGUUCAGGUGGCGGAGGUGGUGCCGGACAAGGUGAUGGCAGCUCCGGGUCUAGUGGUCAUGGGUAUGGAUCUGGAUCAGGUGGUGGCACUGGUACACGGUAUAAUGAUGGUGGCUAUUUCGGAGGUCAUUCGGAUGCGGUUGGUGGUGGUGACGGUGAUGGCGGAGGCAGUGGGCAAAAGGGUGGAUACGGUACUGGUGGAGGGGACGGACAAGGGUAUGGAAACAGUGGGUAUGGAUCAUCAUCGCCCUAAAUUAAGCUCUUUGUUGUUGGAAUGGAUCAACCUAAACCUAAAGCCCAUUACACAUUUAGUCAUACAACUUACUGUCCCACAAUGUUCGCUUUAUUUUGUCCUUAAUUAGUCUUCGUUUUAUGUACUAGGUAGUAAGAAAUAAAAGGGCAUCAAUCUUUACUACUACAGAACUAGUUAUAAGUGUCACCUCGUCAAUUCCGGUUCAGUCAAAACCAGUAAUGAUAGGGUACCAGUGCCGGUUGGUAGCAAUAUCAAGCA